AUGGCCGGUGACGAGUCACGCGCUGCGGAAGAAGGGCGUCACAAUGCCCAAGAAACGGCAUCAAAUAUAGAUUCCAAAAAAGGACAGCAUCUGUAUAAUGUAUUGGGAAUCCAGAAAACGGCGUCCGACGAUGAAAUAAAGAAGGCAUACCGCAAGCUUGCUCUUAAGUAUCAUCCGGAUAAAAACUUGGACGGCGACUUGGAAAAGACUGAAAAAUUCAAAGAAAUAAACUACGCUAAUGCCAUACUCUCAAAUCCCAACAAGCGUAGAGUCUACGAUGAACUGGGUGAAACUGGCCUCAAGUUGAUGGAGCAGUUCGGAGAAGAUGAAAAGGUUCUUCAGUAUAUGUUGAAGCCAUGGUUCAAAUGGACAUUCUUUGCAUUCGGCCUUCUUACUUGCGGUUUCUUCUUCUGCUGCUGCGGAUGCAUGUGUUGCUGCCAAUGCUGCUGCAAUUUCUGCUGUGGCAAAUACAAACCGGCGGAUGAGCAUGACUCCGAUGCUGAGGCAGCUGGCGAUGAUGACGACGACACGAUCACCAAACAACCAACAUCUGCCGACUCGCCAUCUAGAAGUGCUAAUCAUGAAGAACCCCCGCGACCAACUGUUAUAGCUAUGCCUCCGCCAUCAGCUGCUUACGGGUCUGUUGAAACUAGUACAUAA